AUGAUCGAUCACCUACUGGGCCGCCCCUCGACGUCCCUCAAGAGACUCCAAGUGCUCGCCGUCCUCGCAUUUUGGGGUACGGUGCUCAACAAGGCGCCCGCUGAUGGGCCUCGACGGUUUCGUAUUGUGAGGUGGGCGAGCAGGCGGGCUGCCCAUUUCCCACCCUGGAAGAUCGUCCUCACUACCCUCAUGUUCCUCUACUCGCUCCGCCACAUCGACUCCAUCCUAGGCUUCGGUGCCCCCGAACCCUUGGCUCGCAUGUACAGUCGUUCCUUCUACCGCGUGACAUGGAUCGUAACUGCCCUCGACGCCGGCUUCGCUACAGCGCUCAAUGUCAAACCCAAGUGGCUGCGGGACAUCCUCUCCAUGGUCUUUUCUGCUUACUACGUCCUCUAUGCAAACGAAGCGGACGAGAAGUUGAGAAAACAUCGCGCCUUUUGUACGUUGGAGAUGUUGAGGUACACGUGGGAGAAGACGACGAACCCUUACAUCCGUUUGGCUACGUGGAUCCAUCGGCCCUCAUUGCCUAUUGCUCGGCCCAUCCUUCUCCCUCGCCCAACCGUCGCCCCGCACAACAAGCGGCCCAUCAAGGCCUGGCUCUUCUACGCCCGUGGCCGCGAGGACUCACUCGCAAAGGAAGAGGAGCUCUAUCUCGACUUCCCCGGCGGAGGCUUCAUCUGCAUGACACCACAGCACCAUGAGGAGCGAUUACGCCAGCUGGCCAAAGAGGUGCACCGUCCUAUCCUCGCAUUGGAUUACUGCAAGGCGCCCGAGUAUCCCUACCCAUUCGCGCUCGAGGAGUGCUUCGAUGCGUACCGUACCCUCGUCGAGACGCGCGGCAAAGCAAUCGGCAUGUCCGGCAGCUCGCGAUUUCGCCUCAUCCUAUCGGGGGACUCGGCUGGGGGCAACUUGGCCAGCGGUGUCAUGUUCAAGAUACUGGAGUAUCCACAGCAACACAUCAAGGUAGCCUACGCCUCCCUACCCGGCGCGGGGGCGCCCCCUCCUCUCCCAAAGCCCCUCUGCAUGAUCUUGGCGUACCCUUCCCUCAACUUCGGCUUCACGGCCUGGAUGAAGCCCGAGCACCUCCGCGUGCUCAAGGCGCAGAGUGAGGUGAAUCUGCAGAGCCUCCAGAUCCAAGCUGUUCAGGCGAAAGAGGACGCAAAGGCCGGCAAGAGGGGAAGUCCGCUACGCCCGAGGAGUAGGAGUAGGAGUGGCACAAGGUCCAGGAAGAACAGUCUCACCAACGAGACACCAGCUAUCGUUGUUCAAGGAGCGUCGAGACCGCCGAGCAGAGGCGGGCUGGGCGAGGCGCGCAAUACCACCACAAGCAGAUCGAAGUCGACUCACAAGAGCAGCAGCAGCAGCGCAGACUCGUCGAUGGAAAGCAAUCAGAGCAAGCGCUAUCGCAUGCGCUCCUUGGCGAGUCAAGCGGAGCUACACCUCGCUGACCGGGCCAGGCUGGCAGAGGUGGAGAGCCCAGACGAAUCAGGCCAAGCCCUUCUCCUGACCCAACAACGUGCAGCCGACUCUGCCCGCCUUUCCUCGCGACCUUCCACCAACCCCGCCACCCGCCUCACCAUGUCCUCCAUGUCCGGCUACUUCCAGGACCGAAUUCUCACCCAAUCCAUGAUGCGCGCGAUGGCCAUCCUCUACAUCGGUCCGCGUCUACAGCCAGACUUCGAGCGAGACUACUACCUCAGCCCCGUCGUUGCGCCGAGGGAGUUGCUGGCCGAAUGGCCGCCCGUGUUGAUGAUGUGCGGGGAGAAGGACCCGAUUUGCGAUGAUACGGUGGUGAUGGCGGGUCGGAUUAGGGAGGCCAAACUGGCAAAACAGGCAGAGUUGAUCAGGCGCCGCAACGUGGCUGGAGCGCCGUACGGGGAGAGUCUACGAAUGAGCACCGGCGCUGGUCCUGCUGCUGGUGCUGCUGCGCUCGAUGUCGACCGCGAUCCGCUAGAGGAGGAAGACGUGGACGAUUGGGUCCAAAUGCGCAUCGUAGCUGAGGUGUCCCACGGGUUCCUACAGAUGAGCGCCCUUUGGCCCGAGGCGAAGCAUAUCAUCUCGUUCAUCUCGGCGUGGUGCGUCGAGACGUUUGAUGACGAGGGGGAGAGA